AUGGACACCGAUAAAGACAGAAAGCUUCAAGGGGCAAGCAGUGGGAUCGAUAUCAUUGGUACUGUGGCCCAUGUCAAUGCCAGCCUACAGGAGGGUAAUGACAGUUUUGGUACAACAUCCUUUCUGCCAGAACUCAGAAGCAGCCCAUGUCAAAUUUACAGUCGCAAAGACCAGAAACAUCAUCCGACCUUGCACCAACAACAGCCAAUUCUCCGCGCAGAUGAUCGAGAUGACCCUUUCUGCUCCUCCAGUAGUCAUGGCAGACAUCGAACUUCAAGCUCUGUGGCCGUGCGAUCAUCUUCAAAUUGCUUGUUCCAAGACAAGGCCAUAUUUCAGGUAGAAAGAGUUCCACCUUCCCAAAAGGAAAUAGAAGGAGACAGAUCAAAAACGUGCACACAGCCGGUACUCCCAAACGAAAGAAUCAAACCAGAAGAUUUUGUCAACAGCUGGCUCAAGUAUGGCUCCCAGAUCCAAGGCAGCCAUUUCCCGGAGAUUUUGUCCAACAAGUCGCACCACAUCACGCAUUUAGUGUUGUGUAAAUCGGGCAAGAAGCAAAGCCUUGGUCCGAUUCAAACACGAAAGACGAGACAAUUCAGCUCAAAAACAUCAGCUCAAAGUGAUCUGUGA